AGUUUUAUUUCUAUUAUUUAUCAAUUUUCAGUCCGGAUGGUGGGUGGGCUUCUCUUCGCUCUCUCCGCUCGGUCGACACGAUCGGCGAAUCCUCCUAGCUGACAGUGAAGACGACGCCCCUCUACUGCUCCUCAAUUCCUGCUGCUACUACUAGUACUGCAUCUACAGCUUCAGAAGAGAAACGAGACCCAGAGUGCACAACGGAGGGUGUACGUGCAUGGUCAGCUACAGUGGUGUGUUGGGUGUAUAUACAUGACCUUAAAUGGUGAUUUCUCAGUGGAUCUGUUUGGCAUGUUAUUGUAGGUGAGCUAUCUUGGGGUACAUCAAAGUUCACAUUGCCUUUGAAUUGUCUUGAGGGUGCAGAAGUAAAAGAAGAAAAGAGAGAGCUUUGAUUACUUCAAAAGUAAUGGUGGAAGUUUGGUGGUCCCUUCUGGGAGCUGCUAUUCCGGCUCUUGUUGCAGGGCAAGCUUUUAGAAUGAAGAGAUGGCGUGCUGAAGAGCAAAGAACAAAGGGUGCUCAACGAAGAGAGAAGACUUCUGAUGAUAUCUUUGUCUGUGAGAGGGUAUGCACAUCUAAGAGAAUGCUCAAGAAGGUCGGGGCAUUCUCCAAAGACCCCAUUCCUGAUACUUGUGUUACCGUUUGCGGUGUCUCUGAGAUCGAUGCAUGCUCAGAUGCCUGCGCCCGGGCUGUCUGCGUGAACCAGCAUCAAGUACCCAACUGGAACGACGUCUGCCUUCGAAGAUGCCAAAGCGAAUGCCUUAAACUGUCUGCAUCAUCUCGUUCGACGUAGUGCAUAUUUUUGCAUGUGCAAAUCCAAACUGUAGUCUUGUACAACAUGCGGUUUAGGCUGAGCACAAUUGUGGUUAUCCCUUCAAAUUUAGGCUUUAGCAUGGUGCAAUGGGAUUCAGAUGAGAGAGAGGGGUUUGUAUCCCUUUCCUUGUGGUGUAACUUGUCUUUUUUCUGCAUUAUUAUUGCAGAGUAAUGUCUACAUUUUGCCUAAUUAGAACUAAUUGUGAGAUGAGGAGGCAAAACAAACAACAUUACUCAUCUGCAUUAUUUUGAAUCUUUUCAAGGACAAUGGCGGUGGUUUUUCUUUGAUUAUUUAGAUUCACCUCUUAAGUUUGUAAAGAUAAUCAUUAAAAUCUCUACUUUGAUUCUAGCUACGCUAGCUGUA